UAGACAGCCCUUGGCUCCCGUCUUUCCAGGGAGGGAGAGGGAUAGCGAGCAGGCAAGACAGCCAGCCUCCCAGACUGCCUUUGUCUGCUCCCGAGUGUCCGCCUCACCAACAUUGUUGUGCCCAGCAACCCAGGCGUGCAAGGAUACGGGGCUCCAUUGGUGGACGUGGAGAGAUUUCCGGGCUUGGCACUCACUCAUCCGUCUCUGAUUUUUCCUCCUUUCUUUGCAGAACGUCGCUCUUUGGAAAGGCUUGUUUUUCUCCUGCUAAAUGGUUGACAAGACGGAUUCAGCAUCGGCAAACCUGGCAUGUGAGACCCACCACAUUCUUUGAGGUACCAAACAAAGCAGCUUAAGAAGAAGUGAGUAGCUACCACACCUGUCUGGAAGGGAUUGAUUUUCUUCACUAUACCGUUUGGACAAGACGGAUUUGGGGUCGGCGAGCCUGGCAUGUGAGAGCCAUUGCGGCCUUUGACACCCAUCGGGAACCAAGUGGGAGUAGAAACAUUGUAGGAAGAAGUGUGCAGCUACCAGCUUUUGGAGCAUCAUGCCAGUGGAAACACUCCAGGCCAGCCACGCCAUGAAAGGCAUCUCGGUGACGGCGGCCCCUUUCACUUCGGCCAUGCCCUUCCGCAUCCUCAACAAGGGCCCUGAGUAUUUCCGCCGGCAAGCCGCCAAAGCUCCUCCAGCCGCCAAGAAGUUGAGUGCCGUGGAAAGGUUGGAGGCCGACAAGGCCAAGUACGUCAAGAGCCAGCAAGUGGCCACCACCAAGCAGGAACCAGUGAGGCCCUUGUUGCUCAAACAGCCGCUCUUCACUCCAGGGGUGAGGCGGGUGAUGCUGACUCCGAGCCGCAAAACCCCGCAAGGCAGCCGUUGCGGGGCCAAGACCUCUCUCAACUUAGACAUUCUCAACAACCUGAUCAAUUUUUGCGACAGCCCGCUCUCACCUUUCCCCAAAGCAGACAAGAGCCCGCUGGAGUCCAAGUGGAGGCCUGAGGAUCGCAGUAGAAGCCCUGGGUAUCUCCCGAGCACCCCAAAGACGAAGGGUGGCCCCUCAGAAGGCAUGAGCAAGCUGUCCCAAAGCUCGGCUUCUUCAUCCUCUAAGCCACCCAGCACCGUCGCCGUGCGCAGAGUGGACGUCCGGCCCUGCGGACCAAUGAGGGCCAGAGUCACACCAGCUAUCCAGCUGACCCCGGUCCCUACCUCUCCGGCUCAGGCCCGGAUCUUGUCCGCCAGCCCUCUGAACUCCCCCAGCCCCUGUGGCGAGCUGCGGCCGGACAGCGCCAAGCGGCAGACCUGCUUGCACCGCUCCAAAUCGGACCUGAGCGACCGGUACUCGCGAGCCACGGCCGACCUGGAGCGCUUCUUCAACUACUGCGGCUUGGACCCCGAGGACAUGGGGGACAUGGAGGUGGAGCGCUUCACCCGGGCCAGUUCGGACAUUGUGUCCAUCAAGUUCCACAGCGUCAGCACGGCCAGCUCCGAAGGGACCCGCUCCCGGCGCAGCGCCGUCACCUUGGAGGAGCGGCAGGCCGAGCGCAUGCCCUACGGCAUCUCCAUCGUCGAGCGCAACGCCCGGGUCAUCAAGUGGUUGUACGGACUGCGCCAAGCCAGGGAGUGCCAAAAGGUAUCCAACGUAUAGCUGUCCCGAGGAGGAUGAAUGGAAAGAGAGCAAGGCCUUCCUUCCCGAGAUGGUUUUCUCUGUGUCUGUUUUGCUAUUGACCGUGGUGGGGAAAGUUUUGCAGCUGUUUUGCAUGGUUUUUGUAGGGGGUCCCUUUUGGGAAGCAUCGUCUUACGUGUGCAUGUGUGUGUAUGUGUCUUUGCAGUAACUCUGAUCAGGGAUCUUUCAUCCAAAAUAAACCAGGUCUUCAUGAUAUAUAUAGGUCAGAACAGCCCCACUGCAAAGAGAAGAUGGUUUGAGCAUCUUCAUGCAUUAAGAUUUGGGGAACAAAGCAUGGUAUUGGACUAGAAUCCCUCAAAGUCCUAGCUACUACAGCCCAUGAUGCUGGGAGCUACUCUCCCAACCAGAUCCAGAGAACUAUACCUUUCUCCCAAAUUAACCACUGGCAUAUACGGUAGAAAAAUGGGAUGGCUUUCUAAGAAUUUCCCCCCUGUUUUCAGGAUUGGUCACCACUGCCAAAUACGUCUGAUUUCAACUCUCAUCAUCCCCAAACUACAUAGGUGCUUGGAAAUGAUGGGUGUUGCUGUCGGAGAGAUCUAGGAAGUGUCAAGGUGGCUCAGAUAUGCAAGAACGAAGGUAUAAAACCAUGUAAAUAUUGCAAAGCCAACCUAGCAGAGAAAUCCUGAAUGAACUUAGCUGGAAUUUAUGUGGAGUGGUUUAGAGACCUGGGUGUGUUUAGACUGGAGAAGGGAGGAACGAGAAGUGACAUGAUGGCCAUGUUUAAAUAUUUGAAAUGAUGUCAUACUGAAAAUGGAGCAAGCUUGAAUCUGCUGCGCUGGAAACUAAGACACAGAGCAACGGAUUCAAACUGCAGGACGACACCUAAAGAUUAGGAAAAGCUUGGUUGUUCCAAGAGCUGUUUGAUAAGAGCACAUCAGGGGGUGAUGGACUUGCCUUUUUUGGGGGAUGGAUGAGCAUCUUUCAAGAGUGUAUUUCAAUAAGGCGGGAGGCUGGCUUGGAUAGCCUUUGGAGGUCCCUUCUGACUCUGCCAUUCUAUUCCCAACAGUCUCUGGACCCUGAAUGCCAUCCAGGCCAGUCACCUCUUGGCUUGCUUUGCUCUGGGUUGCCAAAUGACACGGAGAAGGUUUAUAGCAAAGGAAAUCUUGAGGGCAAGAAACCCAUUGUGAGGCAGCCACUGGAUUGCAAGUGCUUUUGUCUGGAAUAUACCUGUGUGUCCAGCAAGGAUCCAGGUGGACCCAGCCACUCAUUGUGGCAUUUUGGGGCAGGGCAUCUUUCUAGCAGGAGCAAAACUGGGCAGCUUAAUGAAAUCUGAGCUAACCGUCCCCAGAAACACAGUGCAGGGCUGUGGAGACCUAUUGGUUCCUAUUGGGAGAUGAUUGCUCUCUGUAGCCUGUUCACGAACCUCUUCAUCCCAGAAUGUGGAAACGUUAUCCUUUGGGCAUGGCUGGCUGGAGGAUUCUGGGAGUUGUAAUCCCCAAAAGGGCAUAAUGCCAUGCUCUAUCCUUUUGUUUUCAAUGUAGGGUCACAAAUGCGGAGAACAAGCUGCUAUUGACAAACAGGGUAUUAUUAUUAUUAUUAGUAGUAGUAGUAUUUUAUUAUGACACAGCAAACAAGAUAGACAUGCUGGAUUUCAUAUCACAAAAUCACAAGUCGAACACUUCCCAAGUGUCUAGGACUGUGUGAUGUAUUUUCGGAUGAUGCGCGCAGAUCCCAGCAGGGUGGCCUUUUGCAGUUGGCAGAUCGUGAUUUUGUCAAUGUCUAUUGUUUCCAAAUGCUGGCUGAGAUCUUUUGGCAUGGCACCCAAUGUGCCCAUCACCACUGGGACUUAUUAGCCUUCAAUGAACCCUUUCACAGGUGGUUCUCAAGGUCCAUGUCUUACUAAAUUAAAACACACACACAAGUUCUCCAUUGUGGAACAGCUUUGCAAGAGGAUGACUGUUUUCCUCCUGUUUGCAACCCAGGAAUAAAAGUGGGGUUCGGCAAAUUUCCCUUCUGAUUUAUUUGGGAGUUGGGUUCUGAUCCUGUUGCCUUCGACAACACUCUGAUCCUUUUUGUUCCUUGAACGAUUGAUCUGAGUUGCAUGACCUCAUUUGGAUGCCCUUCCAAAUGCAAUGAAUCUUUUAUCGUUUCAGUUCAUCUAUGCUUCUUUGACUCUCUCUGUUUGCUUUAGAUUCACAUGAGGUUAUUGGCUCAAUCCUUUGAUGGAAGUAGGAGCCAUUUAGACUCCAUGGGUGCAAGAAUUAACACUAAUUGUUGACUUUCAUCAUGACUUUAAGACUGGAGUGACCUGUAUUCUAAUCCCUGUCCACUUCUGUAUAUACACUGCAGUUUGGCACCACUUGGAACUGCUCUUGUUCAAUGCUACGGAAUACUGGGAUUUGUAGUUUACUGAGGUCCCCAUUCUUUUUUUGGAAGAGCAGACUAAAUACCCUGUAAAACUACAACUUCUAUGGUUCCAUAGCAUUGAGCAAGGGCAAUUAAAGUCUGCUCAACUGCAUUCAUUCUACAGUUUAGUGAAGAUCCAUGAUAAGCAUGCUCUGAACUUUUAUGGACUACAAUUGCCAGAAUCCCCAGUCCUUCUGACCAAAGCUGUAUGUGUUUCGGAACCUCAAUUGGCCAUAGCAAACUUUACAUAAGAGUUUAACCCUUAAGGUUCUGACCUGGAGACAGUUUCAUUGGAGUUCAUGGACUACAACUUCCAGAAUCCCCAUCCAGCUUAGCCUUAGUCCAAAAAAUAAAACUUAAAUGACUAUAGCAGACUUGACAUCGGACCUCUUCCAAGCUUCAGAUCAACUGACUGUAGCAAACAUUACAUUAGGAGUCGAGCCAUGCAGGCAUCCACCUACCUCUGUAGAACAAGCCAGAGUUUUGCUGUGUGUUACGUACAUGUGUGUGUGUGUAAAUUGUCUGUUUAUAUAUGCCUUUGUAUCCCCAAAACACUGAGCCCUGCUCUCUUUGCAACCCCUUUUGCAUCGAAGAUGUCCAGUUCUGAUAUUUAUAAUAUUUCUUCAUACUGUUUCUAAGUUUGUACAUUAUUUUCUGCUGACCGCUGUCCGGUCGGAACAGGGAAAGAGAUAGAGGAACCCUGUCGGUGUAUUUGUAUUAAAGUCGUGUUCUUUAAAAAACAAA